AUGGAUCGGAAAGACGAUGUAAAUGCAAAAAGCGGGAGUUGGGCUCGAUUUUGGAUUUAUUCGCAUCACAUUCGCAAUCCGGUAAAAAGAAGAAAAAUUGAGGAUGCAGCAGUGAUGCAUAAUUUGAAUGGAUUUUUUUGUGCGGGUAAACCAGGCAUCAUUGUUGUCGAGGGACUGAGACAUGACUGUGAUGAAUUUUGGGCUAAAAUUCGUCCCCUCAAAUGGCAACGCAUUGUUCUUCGUCAUUCUGAAGAACUAAGCAAUCCAUCGUUCUUUCGCUUCACGAAAUUUCGUGAGCAUGUAAUCCCUCAUGCAAACUUUUCUACGGAAUUGAGAAAAAUGUUAACAAAUGUAGGCUUGGAAUAUGGAUUUGAACUACUUCUAGAUCUAUAG